AUGGCCCCUCGAGUAAUUGUCGUCGGUGGUGGAUUGUCUGGUCUCAGCGCCGCCCACACUGUGUACUUUAAUGGGGGAAGUGUCCUGGUUCUCGAUAAGCAGGCCUUCUUCGGUGGCAACUCUACCAAGGCCACCUCUGGUAUCAACGGUGCUCUCACUCGCACUCAGGUCGAUCUCGGAAUCGCCGAUAGCGUUAAGCAGUUCUACGACGACACAUUGAAGUCCGCCCGAGACAAGGCUCGCCCCGACCUGAUCAAGGUCCUCACAUACAAGUCCGCUGCUGCCGUUGAGUGGCUGCAGGAUGUCUUCAACCUCGAUCUUACCCUUGUUUCUCGUCUUGGUGGUCACUCCCAGCCCCGAACCCACCGUGGCCACGAUGCCAAGUUCCCCGGUAUGGCCAUCACCUACGCCCUCAUGCAGCGCCUAGAGGAGCUCGCAGAGGCGGAGCCCGACCGCGUUCAGAUCAUCAAGAAGGCCCGUGUCACUGCCGUGAACAAGUCCGGUAACUCCGUGACCGGUGUCACAUACGAGGCUGAUGGCAAGACACAGUCCGCCGAUGGUGUCGUUGUUCUGGCUACUGGUGGAUAUGCUGCUGAUUUUAGCGAGACCUCGCUUCUGAAGCAGCACCGCCCCGAUACAUUCGGUCUUUCGUCCACCAACGGCACUCACGCCACCGGAGAUGGACAGAAGAUGCUGAUGGCUAUUGGUGCCAACGGCAUUGAUAUGGACAAGGUCCAGGUCCACCCCACUGGUCUCGUUGAUCCGAAGGACCCGACUGCCAAAUUCAAGUUCCUUGCUGCUGAGGCCCUCCGCGGUGAGGGCGGUCUCCUGCUUAACUCGGAUGGUGAGCGAUUCUCCGACGAACUCGGUCACCGUGACUACGUGUCUGGCCAGAUGUGGAAGGAGAAGGAAAAGAACAAGUGGCCCAUCCGUCUUGUGCUCAACAGCAAGGCUUCCAACGUCCUUGACUUCCACACUCGCCACUAUUCUGGUCGUGGUUUGAUGAAGAAGAUGACCGGCAAGGAGCUUGCCAAGGAGAUUGGCUGUGGCGAGGCUGCUCUGAAGAAAACCUUCGACGACUACAACGCGAUUGCUGAGGGCCAGAAGAAGGACCCCUGGGGCAAGCGUUUCUUCCACAACCUGCCCUUGAGCAUUGAUGACGACUUCCAUGUCGCUCUUAUGGAGCCGGUCCUGCACUUCACCAUGGGUGGCAUUGAGAUCAAUGAGCACUCCCAGGUUCUUAACCACGACAAGCAGCCCUUCGAAGGCCUCUUCGCUUGUGGUGAGCUUGCAGGUGGUGUUCACGGUGCGAACCGUCUGGGUGGUUCCUCCUUGCUCGGCUGUGUUGUUUACGGUCGUGUUGCUGGUGACAGUGCUAGCGAGUUCCUCUUCAAGAAGCUCACUGCCACAGGCGGUUCCGCUGCCCAACAGCGUCUCGGCCAGAUCUCCCUGCACAUCGACCCCUCGACCCCCGGAAAGAUCUCUGUCGAAUGGAACGGCGCUGGCGCCAGUGGUGCCCAGGUUUCCACUGGUACUAUAACCCCUGCUGCCUCCCACGAGGCCACCCCCGCUGCUGCUCCUGCUCCUGCUCAGGCCUCCAAGCCCGCCAAGUUCACGAUCCCUGAGACCGAGUACACUAUGGAGGAGGUUGCCAAGCACAACAAGAAGGAGGAUCUGUGGAUCGUUGUUAAGGGUAUCAUCUUAGAUGUGACCAAUUGGCUUGAUGAGCACCCUGGUGGCGCCAACGCCUUGUUCAACUUCAUGGGACGUGAUGCCACCGAAGAAUUCGCCAUGCUCCAUGACGACGAAGUCAUCCCCAAGUACGCUCCACACAUUGUUAUCGGCCGAGUUAAGGGCCAAACCCCUAGCCUAGAGAUUUAA